AUGGAACCCGCGGAUUCCGAGCCUGACGGUCGCGAGGCGCCGAGCGCUUUGGCCCGACGCGCAUGUGACCAAUGUCGACUUCGCAAGAUUCGAUGUGAUAAGCGCUCGCCAUGUUCGAACUGUCGAAGUUCGAAUAUUGUCUGUCGGUCGACUGGUGAAGGCCAGAAACCGCAUGAGCCUCGGCGGCGCGUUCUGAUUUCAAGCCAAUAUGAAAAAAAGGUCGACUUAAUCGAAGAACGCCUCGGGGGCAUGGAACAAGCCCUACGCGAGCUUUUGGCUACAUCGCGACAACAAGCAGGGCCACCAACGACAAAGCUCCAUAGAUCAUCACAAGCUCUACCUCGACGAAAUCCGCCACUGCAGCCUGCAGCAAAGAAUGACCCUUCGAACCCCAGAGAGCCCAGCUACAGAUCCAAUGCGGCCAUUGAGCAGCAUGACUCAAAUUCUGGGUUUGAGGGUGGCUCCUCUCUUUCUGCCCAUUCGGCAUAUGCCAGAGAGUUUCUUGAGUCUGCCGUCUCGCAUGGCACUCCGGAGAUGCUUUCGAGUCCGAAGAUCAGCGAGGCGCUUUCAUCGCUGAAGCAGAUAGUCGAAAUGCAGAAUAAAAAACGAGAGGCAGACAUCAACAAAGGCCCGGCGUAUAGACAUGAUAGUCGCCUAGGUAUGCGGUGCGAUAUUCGCGACUUGGAAAUGCCACCCUUGCCGGUUGUUUUGUCGAUCAUACGAGAGGCCAAAGAAAAUCCUCCCUCUUCAUUCUCUGGAUGGAUUCCAUUUUUCACAAUCGACUAUUUCAUCGAAAAGUGCCAGGAAGUGUACUUCUGCACAGAUUACUCCUAUUCGGACACGACAUUUAUCAUCACCAAUUUUGGCCUCUAUUCCAUCUUCAUUGAGUAUCACAUAAUUGCAAAAGAGCAAGCCACUCGAGAUGAGUAUCAGCAUUACAUGCACUUAUGCAAAGAAAACCUGGAGACUGCCCUUGCGAAUCUCAAUAUCUUGAUGCCUGCAAACUUUGAUUCAGUUGCGGCAUUAGCUCUUGGGUCGCUACAUGGCAUCGAGAUAUCAAAGCCAUCAGUAGGCUGGACUCUGGCUUCGAUGGCUAUCCACAUGUGUCAGACCCUGGGUUAUCAUCGUCUGUCAUCCAUGGAACACGAAUCCGAAGAAGUCAAGCAAAAAAGACAAAGCCUUUUCUGGACGGUGUACACAUUAUUGAACAUCUUGUCAUUGAGGCUGGGGCGAGGGACGGUGAUCCAAGAUUACGAUAUUGCUUUACCUUCGCCGACCGAAAGCAUUGCGAACAGUGGGCCGUGGGCAACGGUCUGUGGUUUGUGGGCUAAACAGUCCAUGAUCCAAGUCCAAGUUUAUACAAUGUUGUAUAGUCCCGCUGCACUGAAUCGAUCCGAGAGCGAACGAGUCUCUCACGCUCGCCGUCUCGCUGCAGAAAUGCAGACGAGUGUCGUGGAGCCAUUCGACUGCAUUCUAUCAUCUGGUGAGCGAAGGCUUUCUGAUGUCGAUCUUAUCUACCUCCAAUCCGACAAAGUCAGCCGAAUGGCAACCUUGACUUUGAUAUAUCGGGCCAUACCGGCUGGGCCGAAUUCGACAACCACAUUCAUUCCUGAAUGCAUCGAGUCAGCUCGCGCGGCCUUAGAAAUCCACCAGACCUGCGUUUCAUCUCUCAAGGAAACGAGUGAGAUGAUCAGAAUAUCAUAUAUGCAUUGGGCCGUCUUCCUUUCUCCAUUCGUUCCCUUCAUUGUCAUAUUCUGCCAUGUGAUUGUAACAUCUGAUCAGAAAGACCUAACUCGCCUCGAAGACUUCAUCGCCUCUCUUCGCCCCCUCUGCCCCUUCUCCCAGUCCGUCGAUCGACUACACAGUCUCUGUUCGGUGCUUGGCACAGUCGCUCGCUUAUAUGUUGAGGCAAAAAGCCGCACCCAAACAGGCGAAGAUCAGACUCUUGCCUCGGUAGGCGAGGAAUUCGACGUCUACCUCAGUGCCCUGGGCUUGGCACCGGGCAACAUGGCCCCAGGAAACAUGGUUCCGAACGGUCAGACCUAUCUUCAGCCUGAUGUUCCACCGAUGCAAAUGGGUGUUUCGGAGCCCCCGUUGGGGACACCUGGAUUCUCUGCGCCAACGCCGCAACCUCAACCUCAAGAGGGAAUGUCUAUGGCUGAAAUGUCGCAGGCGACUCAGCUCGGGAAUUGGUUCUCUGGGAACCAAUACAUGAUGGGAUUGUUGGAAGAAGAUAUGUUUCAUUUUAAUCCAAAUGCGUGA